AAUUGGAUGAGGGAAUGGUAGAGACAGCAUAAAUAGACUCCAGACGAAGAUAACCACACUGCCACACUUCCACCUUAGAUCAUCAGCGGACACAAGCGCCUUCAGUCCUCCAAAGUUUUCCUAAGUGAGACAUCCGUCUUAAAGAUGAGGUUCGUGUUUGGCUGGGCUGUGUUGGUGGUGACCCUGGGGGUCCUUCACUGUACCCCAGAGGACCUGCCAACAGGCAUAUCAGAGGACACCCUAAAAAAGCUUUCUCUAGAUGGAGAGAAGCUGGUGGAUGAAGAAGUGAGGAAGGCACUUCAUGGAGUCAAGCAGAUGAAGGAGAUCAUGGUGAAGAACGAGGAGAAGCAUGAGCACCUGAUGAAGUCUCUCCGACACAGCAACGACAAGAAGAAGGGGGCAGCCCAGUUGACCCAGGAGGUGACGGAGAAGCUGGAGGAGGCUGAGGAGCAGUGCAAGAUCUCCCUCCAGUCUGAAUGGGAAGAGUGUCGGCCGUGCCUGGAGGACGCGUGCAAAACCUUCUACACCUCCACCUGCCGCAGGGGAUUCUCCACUUUCCGUUUCAAGGUGGAGAACUUCUUCCGCAGGGUUUCCUCUCGCUUCGGCCCCCGGGAGCAGCGCCCCCUAGUGGUGGAAGGCAGCCUGGAAGACGUGGUGGUGAACCAGAGCUCAGAGAACUCAGACGUGGAGGUGGUCCGCAUCGAGGACUCUUUCAACCGACUGCUCGCCAAGGUGGCCACCCUGUUCGACCGGAGCAUGGUGCUGGAGUCCCGCAUCCAGAACAAGCUGGACUCGGCUCUGCAGAAGGCCUUCUCUCCCAAGCUCAAGGACCAGGUGAAGCCCACUGAGGACCCAUUCUACCCGGCCCGCGACUCUGCCUUCCUCAAGGGAGUGGGCCUGGAGGAGGUCCUCGACUCCUUCUUUGACUUUGGGAAGAGCGUCGUGGAGGAGUUUGGGGCGGUGGUCACCCAGGUGUUCGAUGACCUGCAUGAUGCUGUGGAGGAGGAAUCUAAGAAAGAGAGGGACUUGUUUCCCCGCUUCCUGCAGAACAGGAAGUUGUGCAGAGACCUCCGCAGACAGACCUCAGAGUGCUGGCAGCUGCAGAACCAGUGUGAGGCCUGCCAAGGAGCCUUGCUCACAGAGUGUCCCAGCGUGCGGGAGCUGCACCUGGAGCUGGAUGAGGUGUCUCAACUGCUGGAGGUUUCCAAGGAGCAGUACAACGAGAUCCUGGGCAUCGUGCAGCGCCACACCGAGGACACGGUCAGCUGGCUCUCCAACAUGGACACCGAGUUCAGCUGGGUGGCCGAGCUAGCCGACAACAACACCAACAUGCCCGAGAGUCUGUUCCGCAUCACCACGGUGUCCCAGACCAGCGAUGGAGACAACGCACUCAGAGCAGACACCAAGGUGGAGGUGAACAUCCUGAACUCUCCCCCCCUCAUCCUCACCAUCCCUGCAGAGAUCGAGCUUCAGGACCCAACCUUCAUCCAGUACGUCACCCAGGAGGCCCUGGACAUGUACAAGCAGAUAGUCCGGCAUGAGGAUGACUAAGGCAGAGGGAGGAGUCAUGUGAUGGAGGCCACGGUCCAUCGUCAUGUCCUAGUUUGUGGACGUCUUUUCAAGUGGUAGCCUAAGCACAACGUAAACAUUAUACUCUGUUCAAUAUUUAUUUUCUAGAUUAAAUGUAUAAAUGGAUGAAACACUGUUCAUAUUAUAUUAACUUAAAUUUAAACUUGAACCAAUUUACCUUAAAAAUGUUGUCUUAUUGCAUGUUGUACAGUACAAGACAUUCCAAUAAAACUAUUUAUUCCAUAACCU